AUGGCUAGGACACGAGGAAAUUUAUCUAGAUGUGGUUCACAUGAUGCACUCGAAAGUUUCACACAGGGUGCUGCACGGAAGAGACCGACAACUUCAGCUCGUAGAAGGGGUCAGCACGAGGUUAAUGUUGUUCAGGAUGAUGUUGUUGAGCAUGAGGUUUCUAAUGUUCCUCAGGACGAGGAGCAGGGGAUUGAUAACAAUGGUGCAGGAUUUCUAGGUGGUCUGUCUGAUACAUCUUUAUUGACUCGGUACCAGGAUCAUGUUGCACGCAUGAUAUGGGAUGGUCAGGAUCGAGUUGUGAAAAUAGUCUCCCAUAUUAAAAAAGUGAAGAAAUUAGGACGUCCUCACCCUUCUGUUCUCCCCUUUGUGGUAGCUUCUGGAUUAUCGCCUCUGUGCGAUAUUUUAUAUGAAUAUACCGAUCUUAGGUUAGUAUUGGGUUUCGUGGAGAGAUGGCAUCCCGAGACUAAUACUUUUCAUCUACCCAUUGGGGAGAUGACCAUCACUUUAGAUGACGUCUGGUCGCUCCUCCAUCUUUCCAUCACUGGACAUUUUUGCUCCACUGAAAAUCUUGAAUAUGAAGAUUCAGUUGAGAUUUUGAUGACACUUCUUGGUGUUGAUCGGGCCAUGGCUUGUGAGGAGCUGAAUCAAAGUCGGGGUGCACAGAUCAGACUUAGCUGGUUGAGAGAGUUGUAUGAUAGCUGUUGUGAUAACGAGUUAUGGGAGUUUGCUACAUGUGCAUAUCUUUUGCACCUUCUAGGAGAUGUCAGUUUUGCAAAUACAAAACAAUUAGUUGGAUAUCUACCUCUUCUACAGGCUUGGAUAUACGAGCACUUCCCUACAUUGGGAAGGAAGCAAUUACAGGAUACAUAUGUGGAGACCGAACCCCGUGCCAUACGUUAUGUCACUGGACGCGCUAUUUCCGCUAUAACUGAAGGCACAAUUGUUUGGGAUCGCACGUAUGAGUUAUUGCAGAUGGCUCGUGAUGGCGUUGAAGAGGAAGAGACUAGAGGAGGACAUAGAGUUUGA